UGGCCCCAUGUGGGCUUACAUCCUGGCCCAUGAGAACGCUGUCCCUCUCUGGAGAUCCCUGAUGGGACCCACUAAAGUGUUCCGAGCCCGACACAGCGACCCAGACUCCAUCCGAGGUGCCUAUGGCCUUACGGACACCAGGAACACGACCCAUGGCUCAGACUCACCUGCCUCAGCCAGCAGAGAAAUUGCCUUUUUCUUCCCCGAGUUCGAUGAGCAGCGCUGGUACGAGCAGGAGGAGCCGCGGCUGCGGCGCGGGCAGCUGUUCCACGGCGCCCAGGAGUGCCUGCCCGGGGCUCAGCCCGCACAGGUACAGAUCCAGGGAUCUGCAGAACACCACUGCUGCCCUUGCCCUCAGCAGUGUCCGGAGUGGAUCUGUUCAGGAUCCUGUGUGUCUUCACACAGGUCUGAGAGCUGUUGUCCCCAGUGUUGUUGAUACUUUAUUGAUAUUUUGGCAGUUUUUUAUUGAUUCCCAGAGGUUUUGCUUAGAUCUGUAUGUUUUUCUUUUAACUAUUAAACUUUACUAUUUUUCACCUUU